AUGUCCCCGACGACGGACACAACCGUUUUUGACUACGACUCGGACUCGGACCCGGCGGCCGCCCCCCUACCACUGCUGGAGCUGGAGUUGCUGCACAACUUCACGGUGCACACGCACGCGACGCUGGCGGCCGACGCCGGCGUGUGCGACUUCUGGCGCGUCGCCGUCGUGCGCAUCGGCCUCGGCUGCGACUACAUCAUGCGCUCCGUGCUGGCCGUCAGCGCGCUGCACCUGGCCUACCACCGCCCCGACCGCCGCGACUUCUACACGGCCCAGGGCAUCCUGCUGCACACGCGCGCCAGCCGCUCCGCCAUGCGCCUGAUGGCCGAGGCGGAGGCAGCCGCCGCAGCAGCAAGUAACGGCAGCAGCAACAACGACGGCGAUGACGACCACAGCAUGGCGUCACCUACACCUGCGCCUGUGGGGCUGAGUGAUGACGACGCCGUCAACCUGUUCCUGUUCAGCAUGCUGACCGUGUACUUUGCGCUGGCGAGCCCGCGGCGGCCGCUGGCGGACGGGUCGUUCUUCAUCAUCGGGUCGACGGCUGGCGGCGGCGGCGGCGGCGGUGGCGGCGGUGUGGCCAACUUCCCCGACUGGACGUUCCUGCUGAGCGGCGCCAAGUCUCUCAGCAACGUCGUCGGCGAGCGCGGGCCCGACACGCUGCUGGCGCCGUUUCUGGUCUAUGGCACGCGGCGGUGGCACGCGUCGCGCUGCGACAGCAAGGAUGCCGCCGCCAACCUCGACGGGACUAACGGUGUUGGCGAGGAUAGCGGGAACGAUGGUGACGACUGCGCGCCGCUCCGCGCGCUGCGGCGGCGCGUGGCGGGCAGCGCGGCGGUGGCGGCGGACGCGGCGCUCGGGCACACGUACGCGCACGCGCUGGACGAGCUGGAGCUGGCGCUGGGAGCACGGCAGCGGCAGCGACGGCAAGAGGAAGGCGACGCAGGGGCGCCGCGCGACGUCUUGGACGCCAUGCUGUGGCUGUGGGAGGUGUCGGACUCGCUGGUGCCGCUGCUCAAGGGCCCGGCCCCGGCGCAGGAGGCCGUGGCCAUCUUCGCCCACUUCUGCAUCCUCCUCCGCCACCACGAGAGCGUGUGGUGGCUACAGGGCUGGGCCCACCACCUCGUCUCGUCUGCCUACGACAUCCUCGACCCUGACCACAGGCCCUGGAUCGACUGGCCCAUGCGUGAGAUGGGGCUGCUGCACGAGGGGUACAUGAUGAUGUGA